GCCGACAUGGAUCAAGAAAAACGUCAAGAUGUCGAGAAGCUCGAGCCAGUGGACAGCCAUAGUGAUGCUGUGAGCAAUGCUGGCAUCUCACACGAUGAAGGGGAGAACAAGCUCACCUUUGCCUUCUUCAUGACGAUGUUGGGACUGGCCAUGGCAUUCGUCGUAGCAGAGGUUACUCCCCUCUUCUUUGCAACAUGCUUCACUGUCAUCGCCUUUGACCUAGGGGCCAUUGAGCAAGUCGUCUGGAUCCUGGUCGCUCCAUACAUUGCAACAGGAGCCGUGGCACCCUUCGUCGGCUCUCUAUCGGAUCUGAUGGGCCGUAAAGGAUGUAUCCAGACCAGUCUCGUUCUCGCCAUCGUGGCAUUCAUUCUGCAGGGCGCUGCGCCCAACUUUGGAUGCUUCCUAGUUGGUGCCACCAUGGCAGGCGCAGCCAUUGGUAUUCAGAUCUUGACCGUCGUUGCAGCAGCUUCUGAGCUGGUACCGGUUUCGAAGCGUGGUGCCACAAUCGGAUACAUUGUCAUGGGAUUCAUGCCAUUCGCACCAUCUUCGCUCUAUGGUCAGCUCAUUGCAGAGCACAACUGGAGGUACAUUUUUGUACUGCUGGGCACCUGGUCUUUCCUCUCCCUAGUAGUACUUCAGAUCUGGUACAAGCCUCCUCCACGUCCAGCGAUGCUCGAAGGAGUGAGCACCAUGCAGUUGCUCAAGCGUAUCGACUACGGUGGCAGCGCGCUGUCUAUCCUCAGCGUUGUCCUUUUCCUGAUUGGAAUCAACUGGGGAGGCGGUGACUACACCUGGGACUCGCCACAGGUCAUCUGCAUGCUCGUCUUUGGCAUCUUCACCUUCAUCCUUUUCGUCCUCUACGAAAAGUUCGUGGCACCAUACCCAAUGUUCCCCGCCAGGCUCAUUCAGAGCAAGCGACACUUCUUCUCGGUUUCUAUGCUCUGCUUCACCUCUGGCGUCAAUUACAUUCCUCUGACAGUCUUCUGGACCAUCAUGACUUAUUCCGUCUACGGCUCUUCUUUCAUGGAGGCUGGCGUCAACCUCCUACCUUUGGGCUUCUGUAUUGCCGGCGGCGCAAUCAUUUCCGCAAUCCUGAUCACAGUGUUCAAGAGACACAUUCAGUGGGUGCUGCUGUUCUUCUGCAUCAUGCAAGUUUGCGGCAUCUCUUGCAUGUCGCUCUACGACCCCAACAACAUCAACACUGUCUGGGCGCCGAUGAUUCUGGGACUCAUCGGUGUGGGCGCCGUACUUUUGCCAUCUCAAGUGGUCUUCUCCGUCAUCAGUCCAGAUGAUCUAAUUGGCACGUCUGUGGCGUUGUCACUCGUCAUUCGCAUGAUGGGACAAGUCAUUGGCAAGUCCAUGUUCUACAACAUCUUCCGACAACAAGUCAAAGCAAAAGCAGCUGGUUUCGUCGGCUUGCCUGCAGUCCUGGCCGGUUUUGUCACUCCCGAGGGUCUUCCAGACAUUCCCGGCAUCACCAAGCUAGUCACCACCAUGACUGCAGGACCACUGAGUCAUUAUCUCCCACUGUUCCCACAAAUCAACACACCCGAAGAGCUGGCAUCGAUUGUUACCGCGGGCCAGGCGAUGUACUCGGAGUGCUUUCAGCUGCUUUUCUACGUUAGCAUCCCAUUUGGUGUUCUCGCAAUUUUGAGCUGCUUCGGACUUUGGGGAAUUGACAAGUACAUGACCAAGCGAGUGGCAGUACAUCUAUAG